AUGACCAACGCCCUCGACACCAUCCGCAGGUACCUCUCUGCCGGCAACGACGUCGUCGUCGUCUCAUCCCUCUCUACCAUCGACACCCACCUCUCUAAGCGCUCCAUCGUCCACCUCCAGAAGCGCGUCGACUGGUGCACCGGCACCACCUACUGUGCCGACGGAUCCCACUGCAUCGGAAACGGACUCUGCAAAAAGAACUUUAACUGGUACUGGAUCGUCGCCGUCGUCGUUUUCCUCUUCAUCCUCACCAUCGCCACCUGUAUCCGUCGCCGCAGGAACGCAGCCGCCAUGGCUUCCCAGCCCGUCGUCGAGACUAUCGCCGUUGUUCCCCAGAACCAGUACUCGGCCUACCCUCCCCCCCAAAACUAUGCCCCCCCUGCAGGCGACCCCAAUAUGGCUUAUCAGACCCCUGGUGCCUACGUUCCCCCCGCCGGUAGCCCCGCCCCCGUUGGAUAUGCCGCCCCUGGAACUUAUGCCACCCCUGGAACUUAUGCCCCCCCCACUGGUUCCCCAUACCCCGAGAAGCCUUAUGAUGCUCCCCCAGCUGCCUACUCGCCUUACCCACCAGCUGGCGGCCCUGCUUAUUCUGCGCCUUACUCUCCCGCUCCUUACUCUGUAGCCACUCCUGCCACAGCCUACUCUGCCCCUUACACUCCUCCCAACGCUGGCCAGCCCCAAUUUGUGGGCAAUGCCGCUCCUGCUCCUUACCCUGUUCCUCAGGGCGAGGCCUCUUCCUAUGCUCCCCCAAAGUAA